CCCGAGGGCGCGCUGGGCGGGCAGCGGCGGCAGACCGCGCAGCUAGCCUGUAAGCCACAGCCGGAGGAGGGGGCCGCAGCGGGUGCGCAGCCCUAGGGCCGAGCAAAUGUGCGGCAAGUGCAGAAGGGCGGACCGGGGAUGCCCCGGGGCUUCGAGCGGGGAGCCGCCUGCUGAAUGCCCUUCUGCUGCCCUCCGUUCCCGCGGCUCCCCUAGGAGCCCAGCCCCGCCCAGCUCUUACCUGGGCUCAUCGCCGCGGCUCAUCUCUCUCGCAACAGCCGCCGCACGCGUCCGCUCCGCCGCCCCGCGCAGGGCAUCCUGUCGCCGGCGCAUCCCUCAGGGGAGUUUCAGCAUUUGGGGAUUUGAAUGGCCCAUGACCAAUAUUGUGAAAGGACUUUUGUUUGCUGCAAUGAAAAGGAGACUCCUAUUUCCCAAUAAUUAACUUAACCUAAACAUGUAUUAAAAUAUGCUCAU